GGACGAGUCACGCGCGGCCACGUUGGUCUUCCCGCGUCCUGGUGACAGGUAAGCGGGGAGAUGUAGCCGCAGUUUACGGGUUUUAAGAAACGAAGCGCAGAUCUGGCCGUUGUGAUGAAUCGGACGGUCGAUUAUGGACAUAUCAACGUGCGUUGCCCGCGUUAUCGUGAGACGGACGUUCUUGCGAUGUGAGCUACGUCAGUCAACGGUUUGUUGACUUGGCGAAUCCUGCAGACAUCCGAAAUUUCAGCGGGUUCGGAUCCUCCUCUGUAUACAAGCCCGAUCAGAAGGCUGAUCGGGCCGGGUUCGAUCCUCCUCUGUAUACAAGCCCGAUCAGAACCCGUCUCGCGACCAGCGAACCCGGCCUGACCCGGUUCGUGCAAAGCUGUGGAGAGAGUACUUGCAGUUGGGACUCCGCCGCGGUAGCCAUCGCAUAGCCGUCUCUCCACGCCCUUGGAAAGGGGGCAGAAGGAAUCACUUGAAUGCGUGACCGGCGAAUAUGAUCAGUAUCCUUUCUCAGGAGCGUCUUAUUGGUGUUGCCUUUGGGACCGCCUUCACGGCUUCGCUUCUUGACCUUGUUCCUCCGCAAACAGGACUUGCGUGUUAUGGAAUUUUGGGGGAUAUGUUGGACAAACUCUUGGGCACCAUGUAUUUGAAUUCCAAGACAUGUAUUGUGCAAGGACAGAGAUCUAUGACAAUAAGAUGCUAUCUAUUUGCCGGUAUUUGGAACAAAGCUGUAGAUGGGACAUCGGGGCCACUCAUCAUAUAUCUCAGCUCACGUGGAUGAUAGCGAGUUCAGUACACAGUUUAUCCAAAUGCAACAAAGAUGCAGUUGCUUCUUUCUGUGUGCUAUAUUGUUUUUAAUGUUAAAGCCCUAAAUUUUCUAUUUUGAUUGUUGUUUCUGAAAUUAUUGUAUUUCAACUUUGUGCUGUGUAUUGUUGUCGUAAACAAAACUAGAGUUUGUACCCCAAGUUACGUGUACAACACAUUUUAAUUGCCAAUCUAAUGAUCCUUACUGAUCAAUUUACUUAA